AUGACACUUUUUGAUAACCUCAAACAGUUGAUACGACCACACGAUUCGGAGAAAGAUCGGCGAAGGAAGUCCCGAGUUCAACCCAAGGGCCAAUCCAAUAAGGACAAUGCAGCAGCAUCGGAACCUACAUCUCCCGUGGAGCCAGAUUCUAACAGUCCGGACCCAGUAAUAAUAGUAGAAGAUACAGACGCCGAUAAGGAGCAGGCAGAUCCAAGUACUCCAUCCAUUGACCAAUCCAAAUAUUAUGAUCUCCCGCGCUGUUAUGAAUUAGUCCAAUUGAUUGGCCGCGGUGCCUUCUCCAAUGUUUAUCAAGCUAUAGACGGAAGAUAUCCUGUAGAAAAUAAGCGUCGUGAUGUUGCGAUCAAGAUUAUUGACAAGUCACAGAUGACUAAACAAAAACUGAACAAUGUUUUGAAAGAAAUCUCUAUUAUGAAGAGGUUAAACCACCCUAACGUGACAAGACUAUACGAAUAUAUCAAUAAUGAAGACAGUAGUUACUGUUACUUAGUAUUGGAAUUGGUCAGAGGAGGUGAAAUCUUCAAUCAGAUCAUCAAGUAUACUUAUCUUUCAGAGGAUGUAUCACGACACAUUAUAACCCAAUUGGCUCAAGCGGUAAACUAUUUACACCAAGAAAUUGGGAUUAUACAUCGAGACUUGAAGCCCGAAAAUUUACUUUUUGAACCGAUUCCAUAUAGUCAGAGAUCGCCAGAGGAAGUAAGAGCCCAUAAACGAGAGUCUGAUGACGCUAAGAAAGUGGACGAAGGGAAGUUCACUGAGGGCUUAGGUGGAGCUGAAAUAGGACUUAUUAAAGUGUGCGAUUUUGGCCUCUCUAAGUACUUGCUAACCGGAUCUAGCAAAACCAAAACUCCCUGCGGCACGAUUGGGUAUACUGCUCCGGAAAUCAUACGUGAUGAGUUCUACUCAUAUAAAAUAGACAUCUGGGCUAUUGGCUGCAUCCUUUAUACAUGUUUGUGCGGUUUUCCACCAUUUUAUGAUAACGAUCCAGUAGUCCUUUCCAAAAAGAUUAGUGAGAAUGACUAUUGCUUUCUCAGUCCCUGGUGGGAUGAAAUUUCUAAUGAAGCAAAGGACCUAGUUUCCAAUUUGUUAACCUUAGACCCAGAAACAAGAUUCUCUUUGGAUGAGUUGCUUUCCCACCCUUGGAUUACCAAGAAUGGCACUUUGACUUCAACUAAAACAACUUCACACAUUGACCAUGAACAUGACCCAUCGGCCAUAAAUAAGGCAUACGUCUACAAGUUACUCAACAAUAGCGGUCCAUUGGCUAUCCCAAACUUGAAUGACGAUUAUCUUAGUUCUCACCUUGAUCACCCAGACUACGAGGGUCGACCUCAAUCACCACGUAUGGACGUUAUACGAAAGGUAUUUGAUGGGUCAUUAAGAUCCCCUUUAAUGACAGGUAAGAAUACCAAUACUAUCAAUGAGGCUGAAGAAAACCUGGACACCAUAGUAUUGGAUCAAUUAAAACCCAAAGAUAGAUUGUCCUUGUCAAUCUCCACCGAAGAUGACGAUGAUGAUGAUGAUGUUGAUGAUGAUGAUGAUGAUGAUGAUGAUGAUGACGAUGACUACGGUGAAGGCUAUGACGAUGAUGAUGACGAGGAAGAGGAGAAUGAGGAGGAGAAGGAAGAGGAGAAGGAAGAUAAUAAUGAGGAGGGCGACAAUGUUAAUGGUAGCCAUGCAAACACCCAGAGCUCCAAAUUGGAAACUUGGCAUUCUCAAGGAGAGCACCAACUGAGCUCCAAUGUAUCCUCUGUGGAGGUACAUUCCAUUAUGGAAGAUAACCACAAACAGAGAUCUAGAGGUAGCUCCAUGAUUUCGUUCGACGAUAGCAUCGUACAUUCUCAUCAUGUUCGUAAUGAAUUUCCACGAACACCUAUCCCAGAGGAUGUUGAGUCCAGCCCUGUUUCAUCUAAACCCAGGUCAGCAUCAUAUCCUUCUAAGCCCUUGGAAGAUGAAGGUCUGUACAUCAGCGAAAACAAAGACUUCGACCUAAACUUGAAUCUUUCAAACCUAAUUCUACGAAGAAAGAGCAAGUCAUCAUCUACGGUCAACCAAUCUUCUAAAUACUGA